UCGAGGUAAAAGAAAAUAAGAGACAAAUAAUCAUUCCAGAUAUUGCUUGUUCUGGUCUAUAUAGCGAAUGGGCGAACAGUCAUAAUGCAGAAUCAAGUGGAAAUUCUUCAGGAUGAUCAACCCUUGAAUCCGUAUACAGAAAUCCAGAUUCUACAUGACCAUACAGACCUGAUCAAGUUCCUAUUGCCCAUCAGUGAAAAUAAAUUCCUGUCCGUAUCAGAUGACAAUACUGGUAUCAUUUGGGAUGUGACCACCGGCUUGAAGCUCUGCACCCUGGUGGGCCACACCCGGCCCAUCACCUGCGCCUCUCUCAUGAGACCACCGGUGGACGACGAGUCCAGGGAGGUGGAGAUGUCGCACUAUCUGCUCCUGACGGGAUCCUCCGACCGGACGAUACGUGUCUGGAGCACCGAGAAUGGGGCGUGUCUGCAGAUCAUCACAGAGCAUAAUGCCACCACAAAGGCUAUUCUAAGCUUCCCUAACAAUGGUCUGUUUUGUACUGGAGGUCAAGAUCUCUUCCUGUGGAAUUCAGACGGUCGUUUGUUACAGACCAUCAAACAAGAAGCUGAAGAUGUGAGUGACUGCCCUUUGGCCGAUAUCAAGCACAUGCUUGCUGUAUGCGAGGAUAGGUUUGUGGUAGCAGCAGGCUCGGCGCUGGAGGUGUACGCGAUAGAGGCACAGAUAGGUCAACUAGGGGUCACCUCGUUCCAGAUGAGACGGGUCAAGAAACUGGUCCCUCAGCACAGGGAGGCUGUCAUGUGUCUGACUAGAAUAUCAGAUUCCUACUUUGCCUCCGCAUCUCUGGAUGGUACAGUCAAGGUUUGGAACUCACAUACCCUCUCCACCUCCAGGCAACUCAAUCACAUCAACGAAUAUGAGAAGAAUGGAUUCCCUUGGUGUGUUCAACACUUGAUUCCGCUAGACACAAAACACCUGUGCAUCACUAUUGGGUCUGGUCUGGCAGUAUUUGACAUAGUAACCGGUGAUUGUUUGUGGAAGAAGGCACAUGCUCAUUUCUCAAAGAUCACAUUCAUUAGCAUCAUCAACGAUGGGAGAUUUCUUGCCACUUGUUCAGAGGAUGGUACCAUUCGACUGUGGGGGGUAGACCAGAGGAUUCGUGGAGGGAGCGAAGAUGGAGAUAACUCGGCCAAGGAUCUCUCCAUGCACAAAUUCACAGACAUUGUGCAAGCAAGUCAUCAGAAGCAUUCCAAGGAGAGCAGGAGGUUGUUUAGGAGGGAGGAAUCCAGGCCCCCUCUCCUAUGUCUGCAAGGGGAAUGCGUCGCUCACUCGGGAGCCGUUCAGAUGAUACUGGACUUCAGGCACGACGGGAUGGCCUCGUGUGGUGUGGAUGGACUAGUUAUUCUCUGGAAGGAUGGUGAGCUAGAGAAUGCCAAGAGGAGUGAUCUUAUCAGGGAAAUGCUACAGGCCAAAAAUGGACUCCUCUGAAGGACAUUUCAUAAAAACAUCAAAAGUACUAUCUCAUCUAAUCAUGUUGGUGGUCUGCUCUUCAAGGCACUGAUCAAGAUGGUGUCUUCAGAAGAAAUAAUGCCCUGAGCAGCAACCGAGCAUCAAACUGGACAUCUGCAAGAAUGACCAAAAUCAUGAAAUGCGGAAAACUUUGCUGGAAGGUAACUUUGAUCAGAUAGUUACAUGGGGCGUGAGGUGAGAAAAAUAAUCUCUUCAGAGAGACAUUGUAUGUUCUGCUCUACGAUUGAAUUCUCAUUGGAUCAACCAAUUAAUUGCUACAGUAUUGCCAAGCACUUAAAAUAGUAUUAUUAUUAUGGAGAAUUCUAGCCUGGAUGGUGAUAAUGUAUGAGAAAUCUUUUAGUCAUUUUUUGUUCUUCUGGACCGAUGCAAGUUUCUUUCUUCCCCCUUCUCUUCCUCUUCCUGUUUCUCUUCCUGUUCCUGUUCCUGUUCUUCCUCUUUUUCUUUGGCUAUCUUGGCAUCAAAUUUGUUUUCAUGAUUCCAUACAUCUCAUUGACUCCACCUGUCUGUCUGAACUAUUUGCACAAUUUGGAGUGAGAUCAUGUAAAGAUCACCAAAGAGAAUAAACAUAAUUUCACAUUCCAUUUUUGAAUGAAAAGGAAAAUAUUUCCUAAAAUUCUGGAAAUUUAGAUUCUAAAGAUAAUAUUCUGCAUUAGAUGCCACUACCAACAUUCCUGUUUCUCCAGAGCUGCAAACCUCAACUGAACAAAAAUCCUUUUCUUUUCCCCAAAAAUAUUAUUUUCAAAAUAAAAAUCCUAUUUUUGAGUGACAAGUACUCUCUUACGGCGAACAUGAAUUU